AUGGUCGAGAGCAGUGGCUGCUACACCGACUCCUCGUCCCGCUCGCCCCUGAUGACCAAGUCGCCCUCGCCGGUCCCCCAGCCGAGUCUUGCCCACCGCCACCACCCCUACCAACCGACCACGCGGCUCUUUUACCCGCGCUCGCCCGAGCCGACGCGCCCCGGCACUACCUUGCACCCGAGGACGCCGAGCGGUAGCUCCGGGGGUGGCUCCUCGGCGACGGCCGCCUCUCUCUUCACCAUAGACAGUAUACUCGCGCCGCGGCCCAUGGGGGCCAACGUGACCGCGGGCUUGGCCGUGGCCGCCGGUCUAGCCGCGAUGCAGCAAAACUCCGAGGUAACGGCCAACGGUGGCUUGCCGGCUCAUCAGUCGGUGUCCGCGGUCUCGGUGGUGAGGAACGCCGUGGCUGCCGCCGCCUGCCAUCCCCUGCAGCAGCAGCUCCACCACCUCGCAUUCACCUCGGCCGACUUUUUAGCGGCCGCGUACCCGGGACUGUACCCGAGUGGCUACGUGGCGGCGAUGGCAGCGGCGGGCCUCCACGGCCAACACGCGGCCUUCUACCACGGCGGCCACCCGUACCAGCUGAGCCAGAGCGGCGCCGCCGCGAUCGGGCCCAUGGCCAAGCGCAAACGCCGGCACCGGACGAUCUUCACCGAGGAACAGCUCGAGCAGCUCGAGGCCACCUUCGACAAGACCCACUACCCGGACGUGCUGUUGCGAGAGCAGCUGGCCCUGCAGGUCGACCUCAAGGAGGAGAGAAUAGAGGUGUGGUUCAAGAAUCGGCGUGCCAAAUGGCGCAAACAGAAGCGCGAGGAGCAAGAGAGGCUGCGCAAACUACAACUGGAGCAACGCUCUCGCUCCAGUUCCGGAGCCAAUGGGAACAACAACAGUGGUGGCACCGGCAUCGGUGGUGGUGGUAACGACGUCGGGGUCGGUCAAAUGCGCGUCGCCCAUUUGGUCACGGGUAGACAAGCCCACAAUCACACCGACCAGGACACCGACAGCUCGGACCUCGAAGUCGCGUAA